AUGAAAAAUAGAGUUCCUUUGCGAGAAUAAAAGCCAUUUGCUCAUCUUUAAUAAAAAUAAGAUAUUAAAGAAGAGAAAGGACCAGCAAAUUUUGUUGUUCCUGUAUAAGCAACAAAUAAAAGAAAAUCAAAUUUGCUUAAUAAUAAAGCAUUUGUAGCAGGUAUAAAGAAAGCUUGGUAAACUGGAAAUUUGGCUUUAGUACAUUAUGAUUUAUAAGAUUUUCCAGAUGAAAUCAUUAAUAUUGAUACUAUAAAUUUAGAGGGAGAAGAAUGGUGGUAAAAAUGUCCAUUAACAAAAUUGGAUUUAACAAAUAAUAAUAUUUAAGAAAUACCAAUUUAUGAUACGUAAGAUAUUAUAGUAUACUUAGACUAUAAGAUUUAUAAGUAUUAAGAUUAGGAAAUAAUAAAAUAAGCAGAUUUCAUUUUGA